GAGCUAUAUUUCAUGGCUCUAUACAAGCUCCAUGGAAUGAAAAGGUAAAACCUAAAACCUUCAGGGAUUCAAUGCUCUUAAUCCUCCGGCGGGCCACAGCGAAGAAGGCUUGGCUUCCGAUAGUCUCUCCUCAUUUUCGUUUCUUCUCCAAUCUUGCCCCCAUUUCAUUCGACUUCCGUGAAAGCAUUUCUGUCCAAACCCUAACCAAGUCAGAGCUCGAAUCCCUUGUCCAUGCUCAAUACAACCAAGGCAAGUACCACAACCUCGUCCUUAAUGUUGUCGCUUCACCCUCCGUUCUCCUUUCCGCCUGCCAUAGACUAUGCAGACCUGAAUCUACCGACUCACCCACUUCCGACUGGAUCUCAACACAUUUCUUCUCUCUCUCCGAAAUGUCCGCGCAGAUCACGGAGAAUCGAUUCGACAUCGAGUCUAGCUGUAUUACAAUGCAUUCCUCGAGCAGGAAAGGUGAGUCUUUAGUGUUGCCCAAUUUGAGACUUAAAGUUCUAAUUGAAGCUAUAAGAAUGGUGUUAGAGAUUGUUUACGACAAUCGUUUUGCAACAUUCUCUUACGGAGGACGUGUCGGGAUGGGUCGACACACUGCGAUUCGGUAUCUUAAGAACUCGGUAGAAGAUCCUAAUUGGUGGUUUAAUGUGUCGUUUGAUCGACGAACAUUUAAGGAUAAUCAUGUUGAUAAGUUAUGCUCGAUUAUUCAACAGAGAAUCAAAGAUGGAAUCUUGUUUGAUGUUCUAAGGAGAUUGUUUAAAGCUGAGGUAUUGAAAAUUGAGUUGGGUGGUUGUUAUUUAGGAAGAGGGUUUCCUCAAGAAUGUGGGUUGAGUUCGAUUUUGAUCAAUAUAUACUUUGAUUUGUUUGACAAACUAAUUCACGAAGUUCGUCUUGACGCUAGUAAUAGUAACCCUAAGUUAGAUCAGAGUGAAGCUAACGUCUGGUCUGAUAAUCUCUUCUUCAAGCCAUUAAAGAUAUACGCAGUUAGAUAUUUGGAUGAGAUCUUAGUGAUCACCUCUGGCACGAAAAUGCUAACGAUGGAUUUGAAGAACAUGGUUACUAAAUUCCUAGAAAUUGAUUUGGAAUUAAAGGUGGAUACAGUCAAAACCGCAAUUCACAGUGCAAUUACUGAAAAGAUUGAUUUUAUAGGAAUGGAAUUACAGGCUGUUCCACCCUCUGUUCUUCGUCCGCCCAUGUCUGAGAAAGCGAUCCGAGCGAGGAAGAAGUACCUCAGACAGAAAGAAGUGAAAGCUUUAGAGUUGAGAAACGCCAGAGAAAGAAACAGGAAGAAACUUGGAAUGAAAAUAUUCAGCCAUGUUUUCAAGAAGCUGAAGAAGAGUAGUAAUGGCUUUAAGAUAGAUUUCCCUAUCGAGAAUGAAGUCAGCGAAAUAUUCAAGAAAUGGGCGGAUGAAGUCGUUCGAGAUUUCCUAGAAAACUUAAAAGAAGAAGAUGAAGAAAACGAGCGCGAAAACUGGCAUAGACAGUUAACAGGGGGUGAUUUUCUACAUUUGAAACAUAUAAGGGACAAAUUACCAACAGAGCUUGUAGACUCUUACGACAAGUUCCAAACCCAAGUAGACAAAUAUCUUGACCCGACAAAAGCCAUGAAAGUAUUGGAGAACGAAAGGAAGAGGGUAGAGGAAGAAGAGGAACAAGUAUACGCAAACAGAACAAUAGAAGAUCUAACAAAGCUAUGCAUGAAAGUUUCCGCACCAAUGGAACUACUAAAGAAAUCGGUCAAACUAGUCGGAUUCACAAACCACAUGGGCCGUCCAAGGCCUAUAAGCUCGCUCGUUGUUCUAGAAGACGUCGACAUCAUAAAAUGGUUCGAAGGCAUAGGAAGAAGGUGGCUAGAUUACUUUCGUUGUUGCCAUAACUUUCGAACAGUCAAAACAAUAGUCUCCUACCAUUUAAGAUUCUCUUGCAUAUUGACUCUCGCUGAAAAGCACGAAGCAACCAAGAACGAAACCAUCCGACACUUCACAAAGGACUUGAUGAUCGACGACGUAUUCCACUUUCCUAGCGAGAGGGAAAUCAAGAUGAUGGGUGCUGGGAAUCUUUCGGAUCCUAAGCCCGUGGAUGGAACUAUAACAUUGAGAGCGGUUAGAUUGGCUUACGAGCCUUCUUCGAGUGGGUGUGCUGCACAUUUUUGUGAGAGGACGGAUAUUGGGUUGUAUCGAUUGUGGUUGUUGCAGAAGGAAUUGAAUUUGAAUCCAUGGGAUGAGAGUAAAUGGGUAAAAGGAAUGGGUGUGAUUCAUGAGAGUUUGAACCAGAAGUGUCUUCCUCUUUGUUGUCAACAUAAGAGUUUGUUAUAUAAGGGUUUAUUUACCCUGCAAGAUGUAGAUUUUACUGCCUUAGUUGUUGUCGAGUAAUUAAAAGGUAAAAAAUGGUUGGAUUGGGUGAAAGUGAUACUCAUUAAACAUCUAAAAGUUAUUUACAUUAAUCUUAUUACACAAAUUUUAUUCAUUU